UGACAUUCAUGCUAUAUUUCAACGGACGACUGAACAAGGCCAGGGUGUGUCUGUGUACCUGAACCAGAAUGCCGGCAUUAUAGAGAGAGUCUGAGAAAGCUUAUCGGACACCCCGAGGGAUACCCACGACACGUCUUCAUCAGCAUAAAACGUGUCAGUGUCAGUUCCCUUCCUUCCUGCAGCUGCGGUGGCGGAAGCAAAAGGUCUAGCUCUGCUUGGUUGUCGGAGAAGCAAAGAGACUGAUAGCAAUGGCGCCAAAGACACCGAAAAACAAAAGUACCCCUCAAGACCCAGAUGGGAUUUUGGCAGGAAUGGUUGUUUUCUUAGUCCAAAAUGGAGUUCAGCCUCGCCGACUACAGAUUAGGAGGCAGAAACUGGUGCAAAUGGGGCCUGCAAUAGAAGAGCGCUUAUCCAAAAGGGUCACUCAUCUAUUUGCUAUGAACUCAGAAGCUCUUCUCAAACAAGUGGCCGCUGAACGCUUGGAACGCUUUAAGGGAAGGGCUCUCCUUUAUCAGUGGCUAGAGGACAGCUUGAGAUUAGGAUGGUCCAAACUUGUUUACCAAUCUUAUCAUCAUUACACAAGAACAGAUAAUCAAACACAAGAUUUGGACCAUAUCACGUUAACAACCUCAUUAGGUGCACCUAUUGCAUCCAAAAUAUUAAUAAACUUAGAUUAUCUUCAAAGAUAA